CUGAAUGGGAUUCAAGAGAUGUUUCAAAAUUUCCAGGGUUUUGGUCAAUUAACAAUACUAGAAAAGGAGUAUUAUUCAGCUACGUUGGUGAUUCGAAAAUAAUGGUAACACGUACCAUUCUCAUAAAAGAGGACAUGACUGUCGAACUUGGGGUUUAUAAUUAUCCCGCAAAGUAUCGAGUAUUGGAUAAAGUUUCCUCAAUUGUAGAAUUGCAAAUUGCAAUGAUUAAAAUUGUUUCUUUAAAUAUCUGUACAAGAUCUUGGAAAGGAUUGUGCAAAAAUGGAUUUUACUUGCCAAAAAGUUUUUCAUCUAGCCAAAAAUGUAAGGAUUGCCAAGUCAUCACAAAACGAGAAAAAUUAAAACAGCAGCGAAUUACCAAACGUUUAAUCAUUAAUAGUAAAAAAACGAAAAACAAUUAUCGAAAAGUAAAAGAAAGAUUAAUUCGAAGUAUGAAGAAGAUCGAGAACAUGCAAGGGCAUAUUGAUGAUUUGAUAGAGAAGUGUUCUGCAUUAAACGAAAAUGCUUUAAAUAAAAAUAUUAAAAAUUUGUCGAAACAACAAAGAGAAGUUUUAAGAACUACUUUUAAUUCUUCUAAAGUAAAAGAUAAGCAAGAAAUGAGAUACUAUUCUUUCAAGUAUUCUUUUAAGCAUCAAAAGUCGCAAGGCAUAUCUUCAUAUUCAUAUUCGUGGAUUUGCCCAUAUAUAUAUUAGGGAGGUUCAAAAAAAUUUUCUUUGAAUCUUCCCAAGUCUUACCCCCUUAAUAUCUUUUAUAUGGGAAAAAAAAAUUUUCCUAAUUUUUCCAGAUUUUUUGAACAAUUUCUAGAGGUCGCUAUUGUCGCACAAAGUAUGGAAAUCCAUUAUUUUCAAAAAAACAUUUAUUUAAUCCGAUGUUUGGUGUUAAAGGCAUUUCAGCAUUGCGUAAAAGAAUGUUCCAAUAACUGCUGUUUCAGAUUCUGCAAUAAAAAUUGAAGUAGCGUUAAGGAAAAAAGAUAUAGCUACUUUUUGACAAAAAAAAUGAUAUUUUUUAAACAUUGUCCGUCGUAAAUGAUUUUUUUAUGGUUUUACAGUAUCAGGAUAUGUAUAAACGCUUUCAGUAUCACUUCCGCAAGUGCUGAGCUACAUAAACUGUAUUAAUCGAUUUCAAAAUUUAACAUGGCGGGCUUUAAAAUGGCGAUCAAGAGUCUAAAAAUGUUGUUUAAUGUCGAAUAAUAUGGAAUUUAAUACUACAUUUUAUCACAUAUUGAUGAAAAGGCUUACUCUGUUAGGGAUUUGAGAUCGUUUACUGUAAACCUCACAACUUAGUUACCAAAUUUAAAAUGGCGGAUCUAACAUGGCGAACCAGAAGUAUAGAAAAGUACGUAAAAAUACCUACACGGAGAGAAAUUUCUCACUUACUAUAAUAGCGAUUUUGGUAUGUUCGUUUUCUUAACAAAAACGCUUAAAGUUAUACUAAAGUAUUUCCAAAAAAUCCCAAGCGUUAAAAGAUCACUAAUAUUAACGUUAUUAGUAGCAACUUUAUGGCUGUAUUGCACGAAUGACGAGUGAAUAUAGUUCCCCUCUCUGCCGUGCGAGAUUCGUUCAAGGCACAUACCAAUAUAGCGUCAACGUCGAGCGAUUAUUUUAAUUAGUUAUCAAAUAAUCGCUCGACGUUUGACGCUAUACUAGUAUGUGCCUUGAACGAAAUUAGCAUGGCAGAAUGAAUAACUGUAUACAAAUGACAUUCAUACGAAUAUAGAAGAAUAAAUGACACUUUAUCUCUCGGGAACAACUAAAACUAUUUUAGUAUGUCCAAGAGUAGUAUUGAUAUAAAUUUUAUGCUAUGAAUGUCGCAAUAAAUUUACUAAAUGAGUAAGUAGUUGUCAUACGAAAUUAGUGAGAAAUUUCCAAUUGUGUCUCAUGUUAGAUCCAUCAUUUUGAAUUUGGUUACUAAGUUGUGAGGUUUAUAGUAAAC